AUGAUUGACGAUUUCAGACGUCAUGUGGAUUAUGUUGUACCACAAGGAAAAGCGGCGUUAUGUGAUGUAUAUAUUCGGAGUGGCUGGUAUCGAUUUCUUAUUAAUGGCUCUAAUGCUGUCAUUCCAACUAAGUGUGUUCAGGUGUAUAGAUGUGGUACUCAAGCGCCAAUCUGGUUAAAUGUUCGCGGUGGUUUGCCGUUGCCGGGAAAAGAAAAGAUUGGCCAAGCGUGUGCUGCUUGGAGAUUACCUCGGAAAGAAAUAAAUUGUUGUAUGUCCAAGUCUACAGCAAUAGUGAAAAAUUGUGGCGAUUUUUACGUGUAUCGGAUUUCAGCUACACGAGGCUGUAAUCUAGGGUAUUGUACCACAGGUAAGAUAUAA